UGGCGGUAAUGCAUACUUUCAGUGUUUUACCAACCGCCAAAUAAAAUCCAGAAGAAGAAGAAGCGGAAGAAGAAGAAGAAGGAGGAGGAAGCGGAAUAAGAAAUCAGCUGUCAAAAAAGUAGCUUAAAUGUAAUCAGCGGAUUGGAUAAAGAAAUGUCCAGAGCUUGUGUAACACACUGACUAGUCAUCAGCUUCUGAGCUUUGAACUCGUCGUCUGCCAAGAUGCCUGCAGUAUCUACAGGGGCCAAAGAGUUGUAUUUAUCCACAUCCCUUGGUGACCUCAACAAAAAAGCUGAAAUCAAGCCUGACAAGACGAGCACCAGAAGCUAUGUUCAGAGUGCCUGCAAACUCUUCAAGGCGGCAGAGGAGUGUCGUCUUGACAGGGAUGAGGAGAAAGCUUAUGUUCUGUACAUGAAGUACUUAACGGUUUACGACAUCAUAAAGAAAAGGCCAGACUUCAAGCAACAAACGGAUUAUUUCAUGACUUUGCUUGGAGCAAAUAGCUUUAAGAAAGCCAUUGAAGAAGCUGAGAACCUGUCUGAAAGCCUUAAACUCAGGUAUGAGGAAGUUGAGGUGCGGAAGAAACUUGAGGAGAAGGAGAGAUUAGAGGAGAAGAAGAAAAGGGAGGAAGUAAGAGAGAAAGAUGGUCGAAACUCUCCAAAAGCCUCAGCAAUAAACAAGAAGGACAGCAAAAAGGUGAAAGGAGAGCAGAAUGAACUGAAGAGUGUCAUCACUAAAGCUGCACAGCCAGCAGGUGGCAUCACAGUUGAGAAACUUUUUAACAUGAUGAAGGAUCAGGCCAUCUCAGUAAUUGUCAUGGAUGCCCGCAGCCACAGAGACUACGAGGAAUCUCACAUUAAGGUCCCAGCUCAGACCUGCAUCAGUGUGCCAGAGGAGGCCAUUAGCCCAGGAAUCACUGUGAAUCAGAUUGAGGUAAAGUUGCCCGACGCGUCCAAAGAUCACUGGAGAAGGCGAGGAUUUGUGGAUUAUGUGGUUCUGUUGGACUGGUUUAGUUCUGCCUCUGACCUUAAAUUAGGCACCACCUUGCAGAGUCUAAAAGAUGCCAUGUUUAAGUGGGACAGCUUAACCAUUAUGCGUAGUGAGCCAGUGGUACUGGAGGGGGGCUAUGAGAACUGGCUGUUGUUUUACCCCAUGUAUACGACCAACGCUAAAGUCCGACCCCCAAAGCAAACGAUGAUCAACAGCCUUCCACAGUUGAACUUUAGCUACCCAUCUUUGGAGGAACCAAAGCCUCCGACUCCAACUCAACCCGAGCCCGAGAUUUCCUCCGAGCAUCAAGAAUCACCAGGUCCUGCUCUGGUGAACGGGGUCUCAGCUGCUGAGUCACCAAAAUCCAAAACCUCAGUGGUUGCUGACAGGUUGCCAGAUACUGUUGACAUUCCCAUCACAGGCACUACAAAUUCUGGGUUAGACCUAAAUAAGAAGGAUCCUGUAGCCAGCCAACCGCCUGCAGCAGCAUCAAUGUUCCCCCAGUUUGACCGAACCAAGAAACCCUCUGCCCCGGUGUCUGACCAAACCAAGACUAGCCAGAACUGGCCUGCAAAAGAUUCCACCCAGAACGGCCCGAUUGUUCCUGAUCGCUCUGCUAAACCUCCGCUCAGCUCCAACAAUUCUCUGUCCAAAGACGAACAGCAACAGAUCCACUCUGAGGCGGUGGCAGUGAUGGAGCGGGCGAGGCAGGAACAGGAAAAACGUAACCAGGAGCGGCGUAUGGAGGAGGAGAGGCAGGAGAAGGAACAGAAGGAGAGGGUGUUGAGGGAAAGGGAAGAGAGUGAAAGGAGGAAGAAAGAAGAAGAGGAGAAAAGGCAUCAGGAGAAGAAGAGACUGGAAAGGCAGAGGGCAGAGGAAGAGGAAGACAAAGAGAACAAAGUAUGGGAUGAAAGGGAGAGGAAGGUGAAAGAACAAAACCCUGACACGCCUUCGAAGAGCAUGUCCCUGGAUUCUCCUGUUCCCAACCAUAUUUUGAGUGAAAUCAAGAGGGAGCCUCUGACUAGAGCAAGGAGUGAGGAGAUGGGUAGGAGUGUGCCAGGCCUCCCUGACGGUUGGAUGAAGUUCCUGGACACAGUGACCGGUACCUACAGAUACUACCACUCCCCUACAAACCGCGUCCACCUUUACCCGCCCGAGGUCACCAUCCCUCAGACCCCGCCCUCCACCCCGCCAAUCGUCAAACCGAAGUCACAGAGGCCCACUGACCUCGACACUAGCCAAGAGCAAGAGCGGGAACAGUCGAAGCUGAAACGCUCCUAUUCCUCGCCGGACAUUAGCCAGGAACUGAGAGAGGAGGCCCAGAAAAAGGCCACAGCUACCACCACUGCUGCUGUCAUACCCACUGUCAACAGAGAAACCAAACCUCCCAGUGUAAAGGUUUAUUCUAAAGUGGAGAGUGUGCGGCCAUCUGCAGCUAAGAUUCGCAACCUGAAUCCCUCGUUUGGAGGUCUGGGUGCAUCGCUGACUGGUCUGCGUAACUUGGGCAACACCUGCUAUAUGAACUCCAUCCUACAGUGUCUCUGCAACACUCCUCGCAUGGCUGAUUACUUUAAUAACAACUGCUACCUUGACGACAUCAACAGGUCCAACAUUCUUGGCCAUAAAGGGGAGGUUGCAGAGGAGUUUGGAGUUAUCAUGAAAGCCCUGUGGGCCGGUCUGUACAAGUGCAUCAGUCCCAGGGACUUUAAGAGCACCAUAGGAAAGAUCAAUGAUCAGUUUGCAGGGUAUGACCAGCAGGACUCCCAGGAGCUGCUUCUGUUCCUAAUGGAUGGGCUCCAUGAAGACCUCAACAAGGCCGACAACAGGAAGCGGUACAAGGAGGAAGAAAAUGACCAUCUGGAUGACCAGACCGCGGCAAACCUGGCCUGGAGCAAGCACAAGUUGCUAAACGAAUCCAUCAUCGUGGUUCUGUUCCAGGGACAGUUCAAGUCCACAGUGCAGUGUCUGACCUGCCAUCGCAAGUCCCGCACAUUUGAGACCUUUAUGUACUUGUCGCUGCCUCUGGCCUCCACCAGCAAGUGCUCCCUGCAGGAUUGUCUGAGGUUGUUCUCUAAAGAAGAAAAGCUCACUGACAACAACAAGGUGUUCUGCAGACACUGCAAAGCCCACAGAGAUUCCACCAAGAAACUGGAGAUCUGGAAAGUUCCUCCUAUAGUCCUGGUGCACUUAAAACGGUUCUCCUAUGAAGGUAGAUGGAAGCAAAAGCUCCAAACAUCUGUAGAUUUUCCUCUAGAUAAUCUGGACCUGGCCCAGUAUGUUAUUGGACCCAAGCAGAACCUGAAGAGAUACAACCUUUAUGGAGUUUCUAAUCACUAUGGAGGCUUAGAUGGCGGCCACUACACAGCCUACUGUAAGAACUCCGACAAACAGCGCUGGUACAAGUUUGAUGACCACGAAGUGACUGAGAUCUCCUCGUCUUCAGUCAAGUCGUCUGCAGCCUACAUCCUGUUUUACUCCACCCUGUGAUGGCUCUGUGAGAUGUGAGGAGUAAAAUCAACACCAAAGCAGCGUUGCUUAAGCCUAGAGGUUGUUUUCUUUACAAAAUCUCAGCUCUGUGAGGAGCCUGGCGCACAUUAGUUGUGGGUAAUCUGUCAUGUAUGUGGACGGGGAGGACGCGAUGGAGCAAGAGGGCGACUUUGGGAUCCCGAUGAGCGAAUGGUAGAGGUACGCUGUGCAAUGCUUCAGCUACUAGAGGACCCUUUAGUUGCCUGUACACAUUACUGAUCAUCCAGAGACUAAACUGGUGCUCACGUUAAUCUGACUUCUUUACCAUAGUUGUGUUUUAGGGCCGACAGCCAAUUCGUUCUCGGUGCAGAUAGCAGCAACUGUGAAUGCAGCAUUAACAGUUAGACGGCUUGUACGUUCUUAGCAAUGCUGGGAUUGCACACUAUAAAUGUUUCUGUGUAAAUAAUGGAAGGCAAAAUGGUUUUGUUUCUUGACCAAAUGAUUUGUUUCCUUAAAAGUAGCAGCCAUUAACACAUGACCAUAUAAAUAAGAACAGACCAUGUGCUUUAGGGCUCUAACUGUAUAACGUCUCUCUUAUCAAAGGCAUUGGGAGAAACUGAUUUUUAUUUUUUUCUUUCUUGAUUUUUUGUUUUUGAGGGUAGUCAGGUUGUUGCUUGUUCAUAUUAACCACAUUAUUGUACAUACAAUACGCAGUCACUUUAAGUUGUUAAUGUAGAACACAUCCUAUAAUAACAGACCUUUAUUUCCAUCCCAGAAAUGGAUGCUGAAGCAUCUGUCUCACUCCAGCCAGUUUCUGCGAUGUUAUAUUUACCUUCAGAGUUAUCAUAUUCAAACACUAUUAAGCGGCAGACCUACUAGGAUAGAUUCUGUUAUGGUGGUUUUAUUUACCAGUUUUAUGAUUAUUUUUCUGUUUGUUUACUGAGCCUAACAACAUGAAGACUUGAGUGCGUUGACAGCUUGGACUGCAAGACUGACUGACCAAAUGAUUUAUGGGUUUAAAUCUCAAGACUUAUGUUGCUUCUGAAGAUUUGGAGUCAAAGGAUUUACCUACUUUUGAGUAAACUUUAUUGACCUAGCAUGAAAUUAUAAUCAGUUUUUGUUCAUUCAUUCAUUCUUUAUUCUUAAUGCUCUACAUACAGAUUGUUUAACAUAAUUAUAUUAACGUCAAAACAACUUGUAUGACUAUUUAUUAAAACUGCUUCAAUUUAA